UUCGGGCCCCGCCCCCAGACGGGCAUUGCAGCGGGCGCCCGGCCUGCAGUCCCGCCACGCGCUGCCCCUCUGCCCGGCGCCGCCCGGCCCGGCCCUAACCCGGCCCUAACCCGGCCCUGCGGCUCCGCCGGUCGCAUCUCGGCCGCCACGGGCGGGAGCGGCGCGCGGCUCGGCGCUCCCCAAGGCUCCCGCUGCCCCAGGGCCGGACAGCGCCGCGCAGCCCCACAGAGCGGUGAGAAGGAUGCUGGCAGAGCUAUAGGUGCCGAUUAACAUCUCCAGAAUAAAAGCGCCCGCAGCUACAGCCUCAGGCUUCCUCCCGUACCCCAGAGGCCCUUACCUCCCUUCCUGAAGCAGGACUGCGGCCUCUAUCCCAGCCUGCUGCGCGUCCUGCAGCACCGGGGCAUCCUCCUCUCCCAGCACAGGGCCCAUCUUCCGAACCGCUGCACUGACAGCUGCAUUACUGCAUCAGCACUGUAAAAAGUAAGCACAGAAACUAUUUUCCCCCUUCUAUCUACUGCUUUUACCAGAUCCUCUCCUCGUGCUGCAUCCCCAGGACAGCACACGCACACAGUGUAUUUUAGAAACACAGGGACAGACCGCGAGUUGCAGACAGUUCUGAAUACUCUUAAUAACUGUACUCUAUGAGUUAACUAUGAGAUUACUAUUGCCAAGAGCAGGAAGUAGAGGCAAACUACAUUUCUUUUGUCUCUAAGCAAUUCUCUAAUCAAACCCAAGAUACUUUAAAAGAUGAAGUUAAUUAGGCAGUGGAUACCUUCAGACUUCCAGCUCUGGUUUGGGACACUUUCCCAGCAGCUCUUCUGACCAUACUUGGCCCGAAGUCACAUCCCACAGACCGGCAGCUCCUCAAUCCCACCAGCAGAUAAAUGCUCCAGAACAUCUCCUAAGUGAUGCUGGUGUGUGGAAUAGCAAUGCCAGUGUUGUGAUCCCUAGCUUUGGUAAGGUUCACAUCAUGCACAUUUUAAGAGAGGGUCAUUAGGUUUUAUUCCUGAGACUCUGUCAAACACAUAUGGCUGUAUUUAAACACACAUCUCCAUCUUCCAAAGAUCUCGGUACAGCAGAAUGUCUGACAGUUCUUCCUAGCACUCCUCGUUCUGUACUGAUUCCCCUGCAUUUUACACCUUUGCAGUGCUAUGAACUCCGGCAGAGUCAACCCAGGCUGUUGGUAGCUCAGCGUGGCAGGGCUGGCUGUAGACUCAUGCUGCCCAGCACUGCACUCCUGACUGACGUGUAGAAGCCUAGGUUCACAUCCAGUCCUUUGAGCCUACGAACAUGCUGGUCUGGAGCUUUAGUUUCUUCCUCCUCAAGAAGCACAGCUGGGGGACCCAGGCUUGGUGCAGCUGGCCCUGUUCAGAGGAACCGGCUUCUUGCUCACAGGAGGCCUCCUCAGAGUAACGAGUCUUGGGAGAGACCCCCACAGUUGUUGCUCUGGGGAUUUUCUAGCAUAUUUUGUGCCCUGUGACGCUCCUGCCGCAGAACACCUCGGAAGCAUUCCCAGUUUAUCCGUAAGAGCAUGGAAUUUUCAAAGGCACAAAUUGCCGCUUCAUUUGAAAAUGCCACCACAAGGCUGAAUCUUGAAAAAAAUUAUCAACAAAGUCAUCAACAAUCUGAUUGCAGCCUACGUGUUACGGUCCCCCUUCAGGCAGCAGUCAGUGCAUUCUGAUCACGGGAAGUGCUCCCCACCACCGCUCCCGGCCUCCCGCUCAGCACCGGCACAGUGCCAUCUCUCGGUUACUCGCAGUGACCACAGCAAAAGGCACAGCCUUAAGCAUAGCUUAAAUAAUCAUUUACCUGCACACUGCCUCGCUUCAUUUUAAGCCUAUGGGGUGUUCCUGCUGCAGACAGGCAUCCAGAUAACAAACCAUUCCUGGAUUGGUCUGAUCAGAGAACUGAAAUGGGAAAAAGAAGCUAAAGCCUUAUGUUGGCUGCAAACUUGGGGCUGAGCAGCUCCAGGAGGGGCAGCAGGGACAGGACAGGCACCGGGGGCCCGCGCCAGGUGAGCACGCACACAGAUGCAACUGAGUGCAGGUGGGGUCACCCAGCCCAGCCUGAGCUCCGUGCUGCCCUCCCCCUGCACUGGGGCAGCUGCAUAAAAAGCAGAGCAGCUUGGCACGGCUGGCCCUGAGGGAUUCCCAGCACACAGAGCCCUCUGAAAGCUUCCUUUCUGCACGGCCGAUAACCCAGCAGGCAGCCAAGCCUGCCCAAUCAGACAGCCGGGAAGCAGAGCGCUCAUACACGGUCUCUUGUUACCUUACUCCUCCACUAUCAAGUGACAGAAUCGCUCAGCAGACCGUUCCAUUUGCAGCUCAGUUAGAGGAGCUGCAGGCGGAUGGGGAGGGGCGCACCCUCCCAGCACCUCCCAGCCAUAGGCACCACACCAGCCCCCCGCUGAGAGCGCAGCCCCCCCGCACCACCAUGCCCACCCCACAGAAGAAAAUCCUCUUCUGCCUGGCUGGUGUGCUCAGCUUCGUGUGCGCCCUGGGGACCGCAGCGGCCAUCGGCACACAGCUGUGGGUGAAGGGAACCAUCCUCUGCAAGACGGGAGCACUGUUGGUCAACGCCACCGGGCCGGAGCUGGAGAAGUUCAUCGGGGAGAUUCAGUAUGGGCUCUUCCAUGGCGAGCGAGUGAGGCAGUGCGGGCUCGGGGGGAGGCCCUUCCAGUUCUCAUUUUUUCCAGACCUGCUCAAGAUCAUCCCUGCAAGCAUCCACGUCAGCGUCAUUCUCUUCUGCAUGGUGCUGAUCAUCUUCACACUGGUGGGAAUGGGCUUUUUCCUGUACAACGCCUUCGGCAGCCCCUACGAAACACUGCAUGGCCCCGUGGGGCUGUACCUGUGGAGCUUCAUCGCCUGUGAGUACCCUCUCUGGGUCCCAGGGACACCACACUGUUCCUGCAGAGACUGCAGUGAUGGGCAUCUUGUGCUCCUUCCAGGUUCCUGUGGCUGCCUCAUCAUGAUCCUCUUCUCCUCCGAGGUGAAGAUCCACCACCUCUCAGAGAAAAUCGCCAACUUCAAGGAGAAAAGUUUCACAUUUAAAACCCACAGCGAACGGUUUGCAGACUCCUUCUGGAUCAUCCUGUCCUGCUCCCUGGUGCACUUCCUCAACGCGCUGCUGAUACGUCUGGCUGGGUUUGAGUUCCCCUUCUCUAAACCCAAGGACUCGGGGACAGCCACUGGUGCCGCAGACCUGAUGUAUUAGAGUCACACAGCAUGAGGACAGAGGUGUUCAUCACUGCUGCCUUCAGCAGCCACCACCUGCACCACCUUUAAAAAGAAGUUAAAAAACAAGAAAAGGUUUCAGAUAACUGUUGGUGGGACAUGCAGUAAAAAAAAAAAUAACAUGCUAGUUGAUAAACCCAGAUCAGAAUACCCUUUCUCUCUUGGAUAAAAGCCUUACUAAGGCACCUGCUUCUCUUUCCUCCAGAGAAGAUUUGAAAAGCAGCUGCUGUGAACAGAACUGAGAAUUCAACAGCACAGAGCUGGAGCAGAGGCACAGGAAGGGGAUCGCCAUACAGCCACCCCCCAUCACCAGCACAGCCUGACUCACCUGCAGCUCUCAGGGAGCCACAGCACAGCCCCUACAGCACUGGGCAGCAGGGAAUGGGGCAGGGAGGAGAGCACCAGCCCUGCCACAGACCUGCAAGGGAAGGCAGCACAAGGGCAGGGGGUGGCCCAGCCCCUGAGUGCCCCACUGGCACCUCACAAAGAGGCAUCAUUUCUGUCCAUAAGGAGUUCUGAGCUUUAAAAACCCAACCUUUAACUCCCCCAGAGCUCCACUUUGUAGAGCAAUCCAUGCAGCAAGAGCUUUGUGCCUCAGGACAAGGAGCUGAAACAUAACAUGCACUCACACUGCUGCACUCUGAGGUGAGGGGUGAACCCAGGAGCAGAACACUGUGAGCUCAAACCCAGCAGCGCCAACCACAGCCCCCACCACGGCUAUAAGGAGCUCUGCCUAGCCAACAGGCAGCAAGUUAUCACCAAGGAGCACAAAUAAAUACAGACAAAAUGGGAUGAAAUGCCACUGUGAUGGAACCCAGACCAAAUGGAUGUAUUUGCCUCCAUGCCCUUACCUCCCAGUCAGGCAAGGUGCUCCAGCUGCUCACCAGGUGUACUGUGCUCUCCCACCAACCAUAGGUGCAUGGAAAAUCUUCAUCCUACCAACACCGCUGUGCAGGGACACCACUCAGCAUAUGCACACACGCACACACACAGCAGAGGAAGAGCCUAGGGUCUGCCCAGCUCCCAUUUAUCUGCAGAAGUCGGCUCCUGCACAGCUGUGUGCCAUGAGCAAUCCCCUCACAGCCACCUGUAGCAGCCCCAGCACGCAGGGCCUGGCUCUGGGAGCCCCAAGCUGCAGUGGUGUGCAGGGUGACCUUGCUGAUACAGGCACCUGUUUUUAUACUUUGACAAUGAAUGGCAAAACGUUUAGGGCUGGCUGCUGGCUCUGUCUGUGUGAGGUUUGGCACCCACAGUCCUGCUCCUCUGAGCCUCUUACAGAGCAGCUUUGCCCUGGGCUGUACAAUACGUGCCUUGUUUCUAACCAUGUGCGAUGGUGUCUGCAAGGUGCCAUGACCACCUACAAUUCAUUUAUAAUUCUCUUUCUAAUUAAUAUGCCUGCCUUUAUUAAUUAAUGAUAAUAUAUCUUCUUAACACAUAAUUUCUACCAUGUUUCACUGUAUUAUUUACUAAACUGCAGUUAAUGAGGAGUAAUGUUCCACCCUUCCUGCUCCCGGUGUUCCAUGGAUUGUCCUCCUCUGCAGCACUGCUGCCGGUUGGUGGGGGGGUCGGGCUGCCCGCAGUGCUGUGCCCACCUGGGGUGCCCCUGCCUACUUGGAAGGAGCAACAUUUGUAAAAUAAAGAGCUGCACAGACCUCAGUGCCGAAGAGUAACCCACUGCAGUCAUAUUUGUUGUGUGGUGGUGAAGGGCCCAGCUGCUGGGGAGCCCUUCACAAAGAGUACUCCCAUCCCAUCCCAUCCCAUCCCAUCUUAUCCCCAUCCCAACCCAUCCCACCCUACCCACAACCGUGAGACCAGCUGUUACUGCUAUCCUUGCCCAGUCCCCAAGGCAAACAGAGCAACUGAGCAGCAAACCAAACUGGGGCACUGUGUGCAUCUGAGCACCCAAUGCAGCAGCUGCAGCACACGUGGUGCUCUGUUUGUGCUCCUGGAUGAACACCAGCAAACACCACCAUGUGCUCUGUGCAUCGCUUCGAACCCACGAGCAUCAGCUACAGUUUUUCCCUGUGUCAUUUCUACAACGGUAUGUUUCAUGCUUAAAAAAAAAUGUGUGUGUAUAUAUAUAUAGUGAGGAGAAAUAUCUGAAUAUAUUUUGGAAGUUUUCCUGAAAAUUCAGAUUUUUUCUUAUCACAAUAAAAAGAAGUACACAGGUCUGUCUGUACAUCUAAGCACCACUGCGAGGAAGUGGCAUACAGACCGGCGGGGGUGGGAGGCAGGUUCUGAGCGGGGAGCACAGAGCGUGUCCAAUGCUAAUUAAAGUUUAAUCACAAUGUGACAGCAGCAGGCGGACGAGAGGACGAGGGCUGCGCAGUGGGCACCUGGCUCCGCUCCCCUCUGCUGCACACACGGAGGGUGGCAGUGGGAGAGCGAGGGGCUGAGCACAGCGAGCAUGCAGUGCACACUGCGCACACCUGAGCAGGCAAUGCACGCUGCACACGCUGAGCACACGGCGCCCCAAACUGCUCUGGGUGAGAUCUCCAGCAGGAUUUCAGAUCUGGACAAAUGGAGGAAAAUCUUCAGCUUCUGUGGGUAAGUUUUUUAGUCUGCUUCAUUAUUACCGCCUUCUGAAUUCCAGAGUUCUAAAAUGCAGCUGGUUGUUAAGUUUAAUAUGGUUGUUUGUGACAUGUUGUUAUUACUACUAAUAUUAUGUUGUAUAUUGUUAUUAUUAAAAGCAGCAGCUUUUACCUGCUUUCUCUCCUGCAGUUCUCUUCUGGCUGCCUCCCAUUCCCAAACGCACGAACAACAUCUCUACCCUAUUUUAAUGUGCAUUUCCUUUCCCUUUGCAGCCGGGAAGGCAGUCAGACCGCCCCCCAGGUGGGUGUUUCUGCCCCGGGUUGCGCUGUGCUCCCAUCCGCAGACACUGCAGUCCCCCGCGGUGCCCACACGGAGCUGCUCACACUCCUCGGAACACGUCUGUGUGCGUCGUGUUUUCUCAAGAGUCGUUUUCCCGAUCUGAACCAAAGCAGCAGAGCAGAACAUAAAUUAACCUUACUGCUCUGCUUAACAGCUUGUGUGGCCAAUUUAAGAACACAGGGAAAAAAAGCUAUGAAAUGAAGGCCCACACGAUGUGUUUGGACGCUGCCCCGCGCUCAGGCUGACAAGCACAGAUGUGUCCGGGAGUCCAAAUAUUCUUUCACACCGUCAUCAUUCCCUUCUGUGGGAGUUGUUUUUAACAGCGGGAGCCAGUUGGAAGUGAGAUGCACAAACGUGUAUGUACCCAACACGGAUGUGCCUCAUCUGCAGCGCAACCACUCAGGACUGUAACAGACAUUUGGGAGUGAAUGCCACACACCUCUUAGAGCAACCAUUUGUAACCAAAACCUGAGUUUGCCCUGUUUGAAGCAGAAAUAUCUGCAGUCGCUGUUGGUUUGUUAGCACUCCAAAACACUCUGCAGAAGAGUUCA